UAUCCAUUUAAAGACAACAAUUUUUCAUUUCAAGUUGAAAGUCUUAAGAAGCCAUAUAAAUCACUCAAACAACUUUUAGCCACCGAGCCCGUACCACCUUCACCAUUAUUCCCAACCUAUCAAAAUAUUGAAGUUUCUCAAACCCUACAACCCGUUAGAAAAUAUUGCGAUAUU